UAUGUUGUUCUUGAUCAAAGGAAGUGUACCGCGUGCUGAGAUAUCCUUUCGUGUUUCAUGUGGAUGAUUUGAUACAACGUGAAGCGUUUUCUUGAUAGAAUGGCAUCCUCAUUCCUCGAUAAAUUAAUUCUAUGCGUUGGGAUGCUCUCGAUGUUCCAUGCGGCCGUUUCAGCCGCUCAGCAUCACACGUUCCUUCGAUUGACUGAGCAAGAGUUCCAUAUACCUCUGGAUAUCAUAGUUCAGGUACUUGUGAGUCUCGUUGUUACGAUGAUAUCCGUCACGCGGGUAGCUGGAGACUUCAAGGAAAUCAGAGUCUCGGAGGAACUAAAGGAAAGAACGUGGGAUUCUGUCACCAACCGCCCAGCAUUCUAUAACUUCCGUCAUAGAGGAGUACUCUUCCAAAAAUUCAUUCGAGACGAGCAAUUGGAUAAGUCCCGUGCGUGGAAUCAAUGA